CAAAGAAAGUGGUGGAGGGAUGCGCAUACAAACGUCAGUAAUUUAGAGUCUGUCAUAUGUUUUUUCUAAGGACAUUAAACAUGAACAUACAAGUUGAUAAGCAUAACUUGUGCUGAGAUAGGAUAACAUAUGAGUUUUUGACAAGAGGCUCCGCUGUCUACGCGCUGACGCACGGCAAAGGUGCGCACCCGCCAAGCUUGACGCCUUUGUAAGACUCUGCUGUCCUCCUGAGUGAAGCCGUCAUGGAGAAAUCGAGGAACUUCAGAAUUGACGCCCUGCUCGCUGAUGAGAGUAAGCGGGGGAGCCGAGACCUCUCCCCCGGUCUGAGCAGCGACAGCCCUGCAGGAAGCCCGGUCUCUUGUCGCCGCUCGGACACCCCGUCUCCGCGGUCCGUACAACUUCAGACCGGAAUAAUCCCCAAACCGGGUAUCCUAAAUUUCCCACAUCCAGGACUCGCUUCAAUUCCCGGCAUGUAUCCUGCACCCAUGUACCCAUUAUCAGCGUUGGGUGGUCAGCACCCUGCGUUCGCAUACUCCGGUUUCACACAACUAACACAGACCUACCCAGAGCACCUGAAGGCGGCUGCCAUGGCGGGAUCUCUGCCACUGGAGCACUGGAUCCGCGCUGGGAUCAUGAUGCCAAGACUGCCAGAUUACAGCUCCCCUCAGUCUGGUCUUUUGGGGAAGUGCCGAAGGCCCCGCACCGCCUUCACCAGUCAGCAGCUGCUGGAGCUGGAGAACCAGUUUAAACUCAACAAGUACCUCUCCAGACCCAAACGCUUUGAAGUGGCCACCUCACUCAUGCUGACUGAAACACAGGUCAAGAUCUGGUUCCAGAAUCGAAGGAUGAAGUGGAAACGCAGUCGGAAGGCAAAGGAACAGGCCACCUCCUCGGCCCAAUCUGAGACACAGCGACUACGCAGCGGGGGGAAAACAGUCACUGACAAAUCUACUGAGAGCAGGCGAGCUGUGAAUCCAGACGACAGGGGGAUGGAUCUUGAUCUGGAGGAUGGCGAAGAGGAGGAAGGGGAGGACGAGGAGGAUGAAGAAGAGGAUGAGGCCCAGCACGGUUUUCCUGCUGAUUUGGGUAAUGGCACUGAGAUGCCACAAUCCACGGACUUUUUGCAGUGCAGCACCAACGUUGGCUACAAUCCCCACAGCCCUUUCUCUGAUGAGGAGCUAGAGGGGGUGCAAGUAGGAGCAAGUGACAGAAAGAUUGGGGCAGGACUGUGAAGUACACCCAGGAAACACUGGUUUGAUUUCCUGUGUGUUACAGAGACAUUACACUGGGACAUAUCUGUGUUUGUGGUCACUAGAGAAGAAGAUCUUUGUCUGCUGUGCUCUGUGAAUGUUUAAGUAUCCCAAUCAGGACCUUUGUUGGAAUUACUAAUUAUUCACACAGCUACCAAACACACACAGGAUUAUGACACAAAUAUACUGUAUAAACUGUCUGUUAAUAAAAUCAUCUCUAAGUACUGUACAUUUCGUAGCAUGCUGAAAAAAAAGGUGCUCAUUUCCUCCCUAAAUUAAGCUGGUUUUAUGGGUAUCUGCCAAUCACCUUCUGGUCACCUUGUCUUUGCUCCAUCUACUGACAGCUGGAGCUCCACCCAGUGAACACACAUGACUACGUUAACGAAGGAUCUGAAGUAAGACAAGUCGUGCAUUCAGACAGCGUGAGAAUGUACAGUAGGCGCAGCCUCCACUGCAUCAUGAAGCUGAACAAGCUGUGUGAUCUAAUACAAGCUUAGAAGCAUCUGCUGCUCUGGAUGUUUUUGGGCAAAUACUUUGCAGAACAUCCCAUGUAGCCUAUUUACAUUUGGCCUUUUUAUGUGAAUACAGUUUUUUUUGUGAAUGCAGUUUUUUUGUUCUUGAUGGUGUUUAUGAAUUUGUUCUUUGUUCUUUCACUUACAUGUAAAUUAACUUAAUUUAUUUGAACGUUUUCAAAGAUAAAUCAUACAUGUAUUUAUCUGAAACUUGUUUGUGGUGUAACUGUGAAAUAAAGA